UUAAAAGUUUUUGUUUUUUUUAACAUCAUUGUAUUUUUUUGUUUUGUAUGAAUCACUUAUUCCCAUCAGUCAUCGAGGGACAUGUCGAUUGCCUAAUUGGCAUCCUCGUCUCGAGCCCUAUCUAGAGAGGACGGGAUUGCACAUGCUGAGGCAUUUCAUGCAGCUUGAUAUAGACAACGAUCUGCUUACGACAAUGGCAGAGCGAUGGCGCCCCGAAUUGCAUACCUUCCACUUUCCCGAGGGGGAAAUGAAGAUCACCCUCAGAGAUGUUGCCCUACUCACCGGGCUGCCGGUCACUGGAGAGGCCAUCAUCGGCAACUCAAGUAAACCUGAAGGUGGUUGGGGGCCGUUGAUUCUCGAGCGUUUGGGGUUCAACAUGCCGGCACCGGGAGUUCCUCCAAACACUUCAGUAAUUAAGAAAACGUACGUUCUGUUCCAUGAAGAGAUCCCCCAUAGCUCAUUAGUGAAGUGUUCAGAGGAACUCUAGGGGACGCUGAUCAUUUCUUUCUAUUUCUAAAUCUCGAGCAAUGGAAUUGUACUGAUGAUGCUGAACGUUGAAUACAUGGCUUGCUAGCUGCAGCUCUUUCUAUUUAUACCCGAAACCUCGGAGAUGGAGGGGACAGCGAAUGGCCGCAUAUAGAGAUUCUGUACGAUUAUGAAACUAGACGGGAUUCGGGCUCUAGCUAUAGCUUCAAAGGAAAUCGUGGGAAUCAAACUAUCGCAUCAUUCUACCCUCAAUCUUCAGGUUCCUUUUUCCCCAACUACAUGCAUGGCUAGAAUUGUAGCAAGUAGGAGUACCUUAUUACGUUAAGUAACUACGUGCAGAUGCGUCAGAAUGCUAACAUCUUGAUCCUUCUUUUUGGCCAUAGAUAGGGCAAGUGAAUGUGGACAGGGAGAGUGGGUAAGUGAAGAAAGAAGGAAUGGAGGCAGGGGAUAACAUGGGAGCAUAGUGAUAGGGUUCGUACUACUUCCAUAGUAGUGUAGUGAUCUCUUUCAUUGGAACGUUACUUAAAAAACGAAAAAAGAGUAGUAAAAGAAACAGAUGGUGGAUGCUUUUCUCUUUCCUUUGGAAUCUCAACUUUUGUUGAUCUUCUUUCCGCUGGUAUCAAACGUCCAUAGGUCAAUUCGGUUACAGUGUAAACAUGCUAAUUAUGGUCGUUCAUUUACGCUUUUCCUAAAUUACAUUUUGCGAUCUAUAUAUAUUUACGGAGAGUUCUACGAUAUUUAAGGUGAACACCGGAGUACUACAUACCUUGAGUAAGAAAACGCUAUCUAGAACUUGAAAGAUUUUUCGGAUAUGAUACUAUACUCUAAGCCUUAAAAGAUAAAAAUCUAGGUCUUAAUUCUCUAAAUCUUAUACCCCAAGAUCAAUUUAAUUAGAAACAAUAAUCGACGAUUAUGAUUCGUCCAAAUAUAGGCAAAAAAAUCAAUGCACCAUCUUAGGGUUUAUAAUUUAGGGCUAAUACCACUGGAAAUACCAUCCUUUAGCGAAAGUGUCAUUUAUAUUACGUAUUUUCAAUAAACACAAAAAUAUUCCAACGUAUUAGGGGUUUGUGUCAUCUGUGUUACGCGAAAUUCUGUUGACCGUUAGAUCUAACUGUUGACCUAACGGUGGUCAACCUUUAUCUGACCAUUGAUGAAGUGGCGCCUGUGUGUUGUCCACGUAGACGACACAUAGAUGCCAUGUUGGAAAUUAAUAAAAAAUUAAUUAUUUAACAUUUAAAUUAAUUAUUUAAUAAUUAAUAAUUGAAUAGAAAAUUAACUUUUCUUUGACACACCCACCCUUUCCUUGACCACACCCACCUAGGGGAGAGCCCGCUGCCGCCGCCGGCGAGGAAGAAGAAGCGAGCUUUAUUAUGUUGGGGAAGAAGAUGCCGUCGGGUGCCAAGGAAGGUUAAUUCAACCCUCCCAAACCCAGCUUUCUCCAAAAUCCAGCUUUCUUCUACUUCAAUAUCUCAUACCCAGCUUUCUCCGGCGGGUCGAGCUUCUCCUUUGGCGAUGGUGGAUCGAUGGCAACGACUAGGAUAGCGAGAUGGCUCAAUCGGGUAGGGGAGUGGCCUGAGACUUCGUCGGCGUCAAUCACAUCUCUCUGCCUCUGCCUCUCUCGAUUGGCAGUCGUCGAUCGACCUUAUCUCUCUCACUCAAUCCCAUAAACAAAACAGAAAAAAUCAUUGCCCAAUCUCAAUUCAUAUCCCACGAUAGCUUUUGAAACAGAAGCUUCCUCGUCCGAAAUCAAGGAGUUAGGAGGGU